CGAAAGGACCCACUCGGUGGCAAGCCGGUGGUGCGUCACAAUUCCUUAAGAAAAAAAACACACACAAAAAAAAACGGGUGGAGAUAGAGGUGGGAGAAAAAAGAGGACUAAAAUAGCGCAGAACCUGCGGGUCAAUGUCCACCAAUGGCCACCAAGUCAUUUGUGGUCUCAGAGCGGAGAGAAGAAAAGUGCCACAGGUGAUGGAAGACAUGAGCUGCUCUGAGCGUCGCCGUGUAUGCGGGUAGAAGGUAGCGACAUUAAUCUCUGUAUCGAAAACUUUGCCAUGUGAAGAAAGCGGCUCAAAAAAAAAAGGAAAAGAAAAGAAAAACUCUGCAAAGUUGCAGAAGUUGAAUCUGUUUAACCACGUCACUUCUCGGGAGAUCAUGAAAGUGCAUCGCAUGAGAACAAGUGGAGGAAGCUGAAGAAAGCCAUCUCUUCACCGAUGAGGCAGCCAAGUUCCCCUGCGCCUCUCCCUUUACGCACAGGCGAGGCGAGGACGGAGACCACCACAUCAAGACGCUGAAAGAUCGGAAGCACAACUACUUUUCCUUUCUUUCUUUCUUUUUUUUCUUUUUUUUUUUACUGAGACUCUUAACUUUUUAAUAAGAGAAAGCGGGGGGAAAGCACAUCAUGGAUGGAGAAGGAGGAUCGUUCGGACUGGCAAGAUCAGCCGCUGUAAAACUCUCCGAGAUGGGCGAGAGGACCAAGCAGCUGGGCUCUGCGAUGAGGGACCCUCACCAGCAGAAGCGGAUCAUAUUAGUGAUUGUUUGCGUGGCUCUUCUGCUGGACAAUAUGCUCUACAUGGUCAUUGUGCCAAUUAUCCCAGACUAUCUUGCUGACCUGGAGAGCGAGCAAUCAGAGCACGUCCACUUAGUGCUGCACCCCAACACUUCCUCAGCCAACAGCACAAGUCAAGACAAAAGCAACAAGGACAAUUUAGACAUCCAGAUAGGCGUCCUUUUCGCCUCUAAAGCCAUCCUGCAGCUCCUGGUCAACCCACUCUCAGGAACGUUCAUAGAUCGAGUCGGAUACGACAUCCCUCUCCUCAUCGGGCUAACCGUGAUGUUCGUCUCCACCUGCAUUUUCGCCUUCGCGGAGAACUACGCGACGCUGUUCGUGGCCAGAAGCCUGCAGGGUCUGGGCUCUGCUUUCGCGGACACCUCCGGCUUCGCGAUGAUCGCUGACAAGUACACGGAGGAAGCGGAGAGGAGCCGAGCGCUCGGCAUCUCCCUGGCGUUCAUCUCGUUCGGGAGCCUGGUGGCGCCUCCCUUCGGAGGCGUCCUGUACGAGUUCGCCGGAAAGAGGGUCCCCUUCAUCGUGCUCGCCUCUGUCUGCCUGGCUGACGGCUUUCUGCUGCUUACUGUCAUCAAGCCCUUCUCCAACAGGACUCGGGAGAACAUGCCAGUGGGCACCCCGAUAUACAGACUCAUGAUAGACCCCUACAUCGCUGUGGUGGCCGGGGCGCUCACCGUGGCCAACAUCCCGCUGGCCUUCCUGGAGCCGACUAUCGCCAACUGGAUGGAGACCACCAUGCACUCCACUCAGUGGGAGAUGGGACUCACCUGGCUGCCGGCCUUCUUCCCUCACGUCCUGGGUGUGUUCAUUACUGUUAAACUGGCCGCGAAGAACCCCCACCUGCAGUGGUUCUACGGGGCUUUAGGCAUGGUAAUCAUAGGGGCCAGCUCAUGCACGGUCCCCGCAUGCAAAACUUUCGGGCAGCUCAUCGCCCCGCUGUGCGGCAUCUGUUUCGGCAUUGCGCUGGUGGACACGGCGCUGCUGCCGACGCUCGCGUUCCUGGUCGACGUGCGCCACGUCUCCGUGUACGGCAGCGUUUAUGCCAUCGCUGAUAUCUCGUAUUCGAUCGCUUACGCCAUGGGUCCGAUAGUGGCCGGCCAGAUCGUGCACAACCUUGGCUUCGUCCAGCUGAAUCUGGGCAUGGGUCUGGUCAACGUGCUUUACGCGCCGGCGCUGCUGCUGCUGCGCAACGUGUGCCAAAUGAAACCGUCCUACUCGGAAAGGGAUAACCUGUUAGACGAGGCUCCGCAGGGGCUUUACGACACCAUCAAGAUGGAGGAGGUGAGGGCUAAAAAGAAGGGCUACAGUUCGUCGGGGAAUUGCUUGUCGGUGGACGAAAAUGGGUUCGAUCCCUUCAGAGCGCAACAGUCCUCCGGUCCAGAGUACACCUAGACAUUCCCGGCAGUGAGGAGUUUGAUUCUAAGGAAGAGGCAGACAGGUCCUAAACUAGUGAUUUCAACUUUUAUGUAUGUACAAUAUAAAACACCCAAUCAAGAAAAUUAUGAUUGUGUGAGAUGAUUGCCAAAGCAUCUAUUUCUUUCUUUCUCUCUUUUUUUCUUUUUCUCUUUGUCUUUCUUUGUCUGUUUCUUUUUUUCAUCUCUUCCUGACUUCUUGUUUUAUUUCUCUUUCUUUCUUUUUCCUCAUACUGUGUCAAAAAAAAGUCUACGUGGCGUUCGUCAACAUGAGUUUUUGUGAGAGAACUCGUUGAAUUUGUGUGUACUACUGAGUAUUGUAUUAAAAGAAUAAAGACAAUAAUUAAUAUGUGGGACCAACUAAACUGUAAGCAGCACAUUCUCUCCCUCCUUCAGCACAAAAAAAAUAGAAUAUUAUCUUCUAGUUAGUUUUGCACAUCGAAAGGCCUCCGUAGAUUAACGAUUCUGUGAAUUAUUCUCCAGAUGCGUUUUAUUUUUCUGUGGAUAUUUGAAGAUAAGUGUGUCAUGGUAAACGGGAUCUGUACAUAAUGUGGAUAUAUGCACAAUGUAAAAUUGUUAACGCGUUUAUUUAUUUGUGUGUGUGUGUGUGUGUGUGGGUGUGUGUGUGUGCGUGUGCGUGUGUGUGAAGACGAUGGAAACAACAAUGUCCUGAUGAACAAAUGUGUUUAUUGGGAUAAGCUGUGGUUUAAUAAAUCUUUGUUUGGAUCUGUGUUCCAACA